AUGAAAAUUUCCCAAGUUUUCCUAUUAUUUUUCCUGUGCCACGUGGCAAGUUCAAAUCUCGACGCAAAUUUGGAAGCCAAGAAUUUCUCGAAGAUUUUCAACGAACAUUUGAAAGCGAAAAAUUAUACGAUAAUCGAUCCGGAAUUUGUGGGAAUUCUGAAGAAUGGAACAAUUGUGCCGCGCGAUUUUUAUGUGAAAAAUGUGGUUUAUAAAGAGGGUUUGGAUAAGAAUGCAAAGUAUUCGGGGAGAUUUGAUGAGCAAGGAUUUUUGCAAAUCCGGGAGGCGAGUCGACCAGGUGCGAUUGCUUUUGCGAAGAGAAAUUCGAAUAUUCGAGGAGGAUACACGUUGUAUAAGAUUGCUUUGAAUGCUGGAAAUUGA